UUCUGGGAUUCCUCUGCAGGCUCUGUCUGAUUUUUUUCUGAACCGAAGAUGGUUGCUACCAAGUUAGAAGAAGCCGUUAAUGGAGUGAUGAACACUUUCCACCAGUACAGCAGAAAGACAAAGGACUGGGAUGAAUUGAGUCUCCAGGAGCUGACCAAUCUCUAUAAGAAUGAAUAUCCUAUUUUUCUUUCAACCUGUGGCUCGGACAAUCCAGAUGGUUUCAUAAAAGAGCUUUUUGACAAGUAUAAGGGUCAAAAUGGACAAGUCAGCUUUAAUAAUUACGUGAAAAUCUUGGGCAAGACAGCUAACAUCUACCAUAAGCAGAGCCAUAAUGAUAUGACCUGUGAUGACAGAAGAUGAACACCACUGGAUCAUGUUGAUGAGAUCCAUGGAUAGAAGGGAUGAAUCGGGCCCAUCCUAGCACAGAGAUGAAC